GAGUGAAAGAGAGAGAGACAGAGAGAGUGAAAGAGAGUGAGAGUAAUUCUGGUAAAGGCUAUAAAUUCUGUGAUAUAAAGUCUUCAUAGGGAUCAGUCAGACCUCUACAACCUACAGAUACACCACUCUAGACACAACCUACAGGAAACUAACACAAGACUAACAAGGCAACAUUAGAUAACGUUGAUAUUCUGUGACUUUCUUGAUGCAGCGGUCUAAGACACUGCAUCUCAGUGCAAGAGGCGUCGCUACAGUCCUUGGUUUGAAUCCAGGCUGUAUUACAUCUGGCCGUGAUUGGGAGUCCCAUAGGGCGGCGAUCAAUUGACCCAGCAUCGUUCGGGUUUGCCCGGGGCGGUGUGGGUUUCUGGGUAAGAUGAUGAUGUCAGUGAAAGCCAGUGUGUUCUUGCUGGUGCUCUACUUUACCUCACCGAUUUCAGGAUUAGAGGUGAAGUCAGAUCCAGAAGUCAGUGGAGGGUUUGUCCAUACAGAGCUGGAGAAGACAGUGUCUCUGACCUGUCUGUCUGAGCCCCAGGAGGCAGAGCUGGUGUGGCUGAGGAACGGUCAGCUGAUCAGCAUUGCAGAGGGCAACACCUGGGGCAGCAGCAGGCUCUGUGUCACGCCCGUAACCCACGUUGACCACGCCGCCAUCUUUACCUGCCAGAUGAAGAACAAUGCCAGCGUCAACGCCUCAGUCCAGCUGGAGGUCACCUACGCCCCGUUGCACUCUGGGAAGGAGGAGGUGUCGGUGGAGCAGACUAGAGAGCUGGAAUUGUCAUGUGACGUCUUUGCCAACCCCCCCGUCUUGGUGUUAUGGCAACAGCACGGAGACCCCAUCGACCUAUCAGAGGGCGGCUUCCUACUGACCAAUGACGGCUGUACGUCUCGUCUGAAGGUGGGCCGGGUGGACAGGGCGGUACACCAAGGUCCCUACAGCUGUGUGACGUCAUCGCCCGUUUACCCAAAUCGCACCAAAUCUUUUGAAGUCACCGUCACAGACAAGACCCUUCAGUUCCAGACAGACCUGAUCUUUCCCAUGAUAGCAGGCCUGGUGGUGAUAGGCUGUACCACAUUGCUCGCCAUCAUCUCUCGCUGGAGGUGGAUCACACAGUGCUGCAAGUAGGAGGAUCUGAGCCCGCCACACCUCCGACCACAGCCAAUAAGAUCAGAGAAUAUGACCAUGAAUCCACUCCAUUGGACAGAGGGAAACCAUGAGGUGUUCUAUACUGAUGAAUAGCUGUUGGGAUGUACUGUAUGACUGAUUUCAUUGAUAUAAUCAACUGUUGUGACAUGAAAAUAUUGUAUUUCUACUUCAAAUUAAAGAGAAACUCAUUCAUAUAUUUA